CCCGCACACGCGCGUGCAAAGUCUCGCAUUUCCCCUGCUGCCCCCGACGCUCUCUUCCUCCUCUGGUGCGACACAGGUGGAUCUCGCCGUCCCUGCUACGUCUUCGCCGCCGCAUCUCGUCGCCGGUGCCAAGUUGAAUCCUACCAGAUCUUUAUUCGUCGUUACCAAUCUCAGUUACCCUGAAGCGAUACUACUCCUAGCAGUUUAUUUUCGACAAGAAUUGGGCCCUUUGCAUCGCGCUAGGCCUGCCCCUUGAGAUGGGCUUGUGGAUGCUGCUGGAGGGUUUUUUGCUUCUUGCAAAUUCUUUGGCCAUCCUGAAUGAAGACCGCUUUCUUGGUCCCAGGGGCUGGAGCAUGCCUGAAGUUUCAGGAAAUGGGCAAACAAAGUCCUUGAAGGGGCAGAUCGUGGGGCUCAUCUACGCCACUCAGUUUUUGCGGAUGCCCUUGAUAGCGCUUAAUAUUCUUAUCAUUGUUGUGAAAUUGGUGUCAGGCUGAGGAUCUUUGUCGCGUCACUGCUGUUGGGUUGAACUGAUUUCAGUUCCAGCAUUAUGUACAAGCUAAUCAUGUUCAGAAGUUGCUGGAAGGAUGUUCAUGCUGACAUGAAUGUGGCCUGUUGGUUUUGUUGCUGUAAAUCCCUCUGACUCUGAGGGUAUCUUUCCUCCUGUAUGACUUCUGAUUCAGUAUGCACUAUUGCACUUACGAUGUCUUGAUCACCAUGUAAAUAUUCAAUCUAAUUUAAACGUUGGCACUGCUAACGGUUAAAGACAUUAUCUGGUGACAGAACCAAUGUUUUCUGCAGUUUUGCCUUA